AUGGCAGCAAUGGCUUCAGGUUUAGCCACUCCCGCUCUUAAGGUUGCUGUCAUUGCCCUUGUUCUCGCCGUGCUCGUUGCGCCUUCAACGGGGCGCUGCCAAUUGGCACCACCACUACCACCGCCGUCGCUAGCGCCCACCCCAGCACCGCUUCCUCCACCGGUACUACCUGUGCUGGUACCGGAGCCAGGUCCAUCGCCGCCGCUUUCAUGCAACGACUGUUAUUCGCAGUGCUACGGGCCGUGCUUUUACGGCAUUCCCAAGAAAUGCAGCGCCCGCUGCGACCAAACUGAAUGCCAGGACUGUAUUGCCGUGUGCUUGUCAAACACGGAGUGCAACGCCGCGGCCCGCUGCGUUAGCGUAUGCACUAGCCGAUACUGCGACCUCUGCAAGAGUUACGCUGACAGUGACUGCGAACAAAACUGCUACAACAAAUGCUGCUAG